AUGUCGCACAAUUCGAGUAAUGCAUCAGCAUCGUCAUACGAGUAAGUGAUUUUGAAGCGUUUUAAGAUGAUAUGUUUUUUAUUAUAGAACAGCGCUGAGUUUAAGUUUCGAUAAACGAAAAAUGAUAAUCAAACAAGAAGAAGAGGAUUUGGAUGUUUUGGAGAAUGACAUAUCAAUGUUAUCAGUUUCCUCACCAAAAACACCAAAUAAUCAAAAAGAAACACCGGCCAAGAAAUUGCUCAGAUCAAUCAAUAAUCAUGAGGAAAAACGACUAUUAUUGGAGUUGUAUCCGGAUUUUUUCAAUGAAGAUGGAGAAAAUAAGGAAGAAGAGAAGAAGAAAAAGAAGAAGGAAAGAAAUACGGUGGUGAGAGUUUUGGGGGUGCUCUUUUGAAAAAUCCUAAUUUUUGCAGAAAAAACCGAUAAAAAUCGAGUUAUUCGGGUCUGACGACGAAAAAGAGAACAGAUUUCCAUUGCCCUCCGAUUUUUCACGAAAAUCUCCGACUCCAGAGUUCGAUUUUGGAAAAUGUGAGUUUUUUUCAAAGUUUUAAGUUUAGAAAAUGUCAAAUUCGCUAAAGUGAAAUAUCAAUUUUUCAGAUGUCAAGAAAAAACCGGAAAAAGUCGAGUCUUCAGAUGAUGAAUUUGAAAAUUGUGAGUUUUUUACGCGGGAAAUUUAAAUUUUCUUUAAAAAAAAUUUGCAGAUUUGAAAAAAUUGCGAGAACCGGCUCCAACUUCAACUUCAAAAAAACCGGAGCAAAAAUCUCGAAAAUUCGUGGUUUCAGAUUCAGAUUCUUCAGAAUUAGAAUUAGAAGAGGAAUCAGAAUCUGAAGCUGAGUUUUCAGAAGAAGAAGAAGAAUCGAUUUUGGAUUUAUCCACGUAUUCGCCGGAUAUUAAAAGUCAGAAAAAAUCGAAAAAAUUGAAAGAUGAUGAUUUUUGGUUCUUGUCUUCAUUGUCAGCCGAUUUUGAUGGCAUAAGGUAUAAAUUUUGCAAAUUCGCUCUAGCGAAAUUAUAAUUUUUUGGAGGCAAUAUUUCUAAUACGGUAUAAUGAACUGUGUUUCUAGUUUUUGUGUGUGUGUGUGCUCUAUUGAACUGUCUAUUUUUUGUUUGAAAAAAAUCAAUUUUUUGCAGACACCCAGAUGCUGACAAUUACACAAGAAGCGGCUCAAUUCGAAUGAAAAAACACAAAGAAGCUUUGCUGCUGAAAUUGGCUGAAAUCUAUAAAAGAAGGUGUUUUUCAGAGGUAAUUUUUUUCUCAAUAUGAGCAAUGCGGUGAAAUAUGGAUUUUUAAGUAUAAAAUUUAACAUUUUCGCAUUUAUGGUCGUUUUCAUUUAAAAAUCAGUUCAUUUCUUCAGAUUCCACCUGAAAAACUCAAAUUUGUGUGGAACUCUCGACUACGUAAAUCAGCCGGACAAUGUCGAAAUCAUUCAAAUGGAAAUAGCACAAUUGAAAUGUCUACAAUCGUUUGUACAAAUGCGGAAAGAAUUCGAGAUACUUUGAUUCAUGAAUUAUGUCAUGCGGCUGUUUGGAUUGUUGAUAAAUUGUAUAAAGAAGCACAUGGACCAGGAUGGAAGAAAUGGUGAGAUUUUGAGAGGAAAAACGGAAAACUAAGAUGCUCCACUUUUACACUCUGGAAAAUCUAGCGUUUUGAGCAAAUUUUUUCGAGAAAAAAAACUAUUAUCUAAUUGCAGGGCCCAUCAUUGUUCUCGUACGUUUCCAUGUCUUCCAUCCAUCGAAAGAUGCCAUAAUUAUGAAAUUGAAGCGAAAUUUUUGUACAUUUGUGAAACUGAAACUUGUCAGCAAACGUGAGUUAUUUAAAAUCCUAAAUUGUCUUUUAACUCUAAUCUAACCUUUUCCAGAAUAAAACGUCAAUCGAAAUCCCUCGAUAUAUCUCAAAAAAUCUGCGGAAAAUGUCGAGGCCGUUUUCAACUUUGGCGAUUCGACAAACGAACAAAUCGGAAAGUCCAAGUUACCGAAACUUCAGCGCCAAAAGAGAACGAAUUCAUGAAAUAUGUUCGUCAAAACUUUGGAAAUUUCAAGAAUUCCGGAUUAAAACAUCAAGAAAUUAUGGCAAAAUUGGCAGCAGAUUAUAAAUUAUCAAAAAAUUGA